AUGCAAGCAGUAUUAGCAUUGUGUUACUUCUGUGAAACUCAUGGUCCUCGAGUAUUGAUGACAACACAAUCGAUUCCCGAGAAUCUGCGGCAGGAUUAUUGUUUACCAACUACUAGUAAAGGAUCUCCAACGUUUAUCUCGGCUGAAAGUUUUCGUACUCAUUUAACUGAAGAAUUACGUUGUGUUGCAUGUACAUCGUUCGUUGAUGGUACUGGUCUAAUUACAGAUGAUGUUGAGGCUGGAAUAAGCUAUAUUACUACACAGGUUGCAUUAAAUGACCGAGUAUAUCAGUUGGUGAAAUAUUCGUGUCUUCAUUCACUAAGUUGUGAAGUGACGGCCACUCCGAAAGAUGAAGCGCCUAUGAGUCCGAUGAAAUCACGUGCAGCAUCGAUACCGCUGGGCGCAAAAAAAUGGGAAAGUCCAUGGGAAAAAACAAAUACGGAGGCGAAAGAUGGUGUAAUUUUAUUCGGGGAUGAUGAACAUGGCUAUACAUUAUCUUAUACGUUCAGAUUACGUGAUUACAAAGCACGCGGCUUUUUACGUCUUCUUUCACUUAUCCUUGUAUCUAUAGAUAAAUUAUUUAUCACCAGCAAUUAUCACUUCUUUGUUUCAACAAUGUCAUCUGCUAUUCGAUUUUUGCAGAUGGAAUCGAAUAUGGUUUUUGACCGUGAACAAAAUGAUCCAACCAAUGAAAUGCUAAAGCAGGCUGCAGCAUCACGUUCCUCACUACUACCAGCACAUUUUUUGCGUGCUCAUGUUACUAGCCUCGAAUUGGAUACAUCACGAAGUUUAACUGUAAUUACCGGUCGAACAGAUAUUUUCACACAGUUGCACAUGUUUAUGGUUUGUAUAUUGCGUACACAAACACGCCUCUGCAAAGAAUAUUUAUUGGAAGGAGUGCCAACACAGGAUAUGCUUGUAAUGAAAGAACGUGAAUUAAAAGUUGAUAAUGGAACAAAUGCUACUGAUAUAAGUUGUUCAAGACGUUUGGAUUGUUUUCAAACAUUGCGAAAAAUUGCACAUAUGCUUGAAAGUUUGCCAAAAGUUAAUGGUCAAAGUAUCCUGGAAAUUGUUUUAACACAAUUGGUUACUGGUGGUCAGAUUGUCUUGAAAUGUCAUAAUGAAGUUAUAGCUAAACGUUUUCUGCUUGCACUUUCCAGUCUAUUACCAUUGGGUUGUGUUCGUAUGCUAUAUGCAGAGGAAUAUAGGCAUGUCUUUGUGUCGAAUUUAUUUGGAUGUCCUCAUGAGACCGUAUUAUCACCUGAUGCAGUUGAUAUUGUGGUUUUAUCGUUGGAUAUAUCAUUUGACAGAAUUCAUUCAAGGCAACCGACAAUAGAGGAACGUGAAGCCUGUUCGCUUUCUUCAGGAAGCUGUAUUUCACCUCCAUUAAGCACUUCAUCUAAGGAUGAUAAUGUCGAUGAAAGUUUGGCGAAACAGUUGAUUGAAAUUUUAUCUCCCAGAAAGUCGCUUGAUUUCGAAGAUUAUGCAUUUACACUGAUUGCAUAUCCGGAAUGUACGGCACCAAGAUAUGGUACACCUGCUAUUGUUAAUCGCUAUAAACAGCUCAUAUUAGAUGAUGAUCUCACAUGUCGUGUUCUGGCAUCUGUCAUCGGAAAUACAAGAGAACAAUGGCUAAAUAAAGCAAAAUUGGUUUAUCAACUGGGACGACAGAAAGAAAAAAUUGAUCUGAAAAAAGUUCUUCAAAUUAUGCGGUGUGCUGAGCAGGAUGGAACAGUCUUGUUAUUUUUCCAGGCUGGUUUAUCGGAUACAUAUAAACAGCAAAUCAUGGAUGUUAUCAAAAAAGGAGUCGCUUAA